GCGUCGGCCGCAUGACGUCAGCGAAAGUAUAAAUAUCCCGACAUGAAAUUUUUAGCCGCAAAGACGAAGUUAGUUUAGAAAGCUGCAUAACAAGCUUGUCUGAACCUCUUGUCCCCAACUUUUUUACAUUUUUUGUGGUGUUUUUCCGAACAAAUCAAGCAAAAUGCGUGAAUGUAUCUCAGUCCAUGUUGGCCAAGCCGGAGUCCAAAUUGGUAACGCCUGUUGGGAACUCUACUGCCUUGAGCAUGGAAUCCAACCUGAUGGACAAAUGCCAUCUGACAAAACUGUUGGAGGUGGAGAUGACUCUUUCAACACCUUCUUUAGUGAGACUGGUGCUGGCAAACAUGUGCCCAGGGCAGUGUUUGUUGACUUAGAGCCCACUGUGGUUGAUGAGGUCAGGACCGGAACUUACAGACAGUUGUUCCACCCUGAACAACUAAUCACAGGAAAGGAAGACGCCGCCAACAACUACGCGCGUGGUCAUUACACUAUUGGAAAGGAAAUUGUUGACUUGGUUUUGGACAGGGUCAGGAAACUGGCCGAUCAAUGUACUGGACUGCAAGGAUUCUUGAUCUUCCACUCUUUCGGUGGUGGCACUGGAUCUGGUUUCACUUCAUUGUUGAUGGAGCGUCUAUCAGUUGACUAUGGCAAAAAAUCCAAACUUGAAUUUGCUAUUUACCCAGCCCCACAAGUAUCCACUGCAGUAGUUGAACCCUACAACUCCAUUUUGACCACCCACACCACCUUGGAACACUCUGACUGUGCCUUCAUGGUAGACAAUGAGGCUAUCUAUGAUAUCUGCAGACGUAACUUGGACAUCGAGAGGCCCACUUACACUAACUUGAACAGGCUUAUUGGCCAAAUUGUAUCUUCUAUUACUGCCUCUUUGAGGUUCGAUGGUGCCCUCAAUGUUGACCUGACAGAAUUCCAAACUAACUUGGUACCAUACCCCCGUAUCCAUUUCCCUCUGGUAACUUAUGCCCCAGUAAUCUCUGCUGAGAAGGCUUACCAUGAACAACUAUCUGUUGCUGAAAUUACCAAUGCUUGCUUUGAACCAGCCAACCAGAUGGUGAAAUGUGACCCAAGACAUGGAAAGUACAUGGCUUGCUGUAUGUUGUACAGAGGUGAUGUUGUACCCAAGGAUGUCAAUGCUGCCAUCGCUACGAUUAAGACUAAGCGUACCAUCCAAUUCGUUGACUGGUGUCCAACUGGUUUCAAGGUUGGUAUCAACUACCAACCACCGACCGUUGUACCCGGAGGUGAUUUGGCGAAAGUGCAACGUGCCGUAUGCAUGUUGUCCAACACCACCGCCAUUGCGGAAGCUUGGGCCAGGUUGGACCACAAGUUCGAUCUGAUGUACGCCAAGCGCGCUUUCGUCCACUGGUACGUAGGUGAGGGUAUGGAGGAAGGAGAGUUCUCCGAAGCCCGUGAAGAUCUGGCUGCUCUGGAGAAGGAUUAUGAAGAGGUUGGCAUGGACUCUGGAGAAGGUGAAGGAGAAGGUGCCGAGGAAUUCUAAAUGAACAUUAGAAUCUGCUUUUUUUGACUGAAAAAGGAAACUUCAAGAUCUUUUCUUAAAUGAUUUUUUUUCACUGAAUAUAAUUUUUUUUACCUUCAA